GCGGGAGACAGCAGCGCGGCCGCUCUUUCAACAGGCGAUUUGUUCUCCUGUCUGUGGCUCAUUUCCAUGCAAAGAGCCUGACAUCAGAGCACCUUUUGUUGCUAAACGCUUUCUUUAGCAUCAAGGGGAGAGAGUCAUGUGGAGCUGGAAGAGCUCAUUUUGAAGAGAGGGGGCCAGGGAAGUACCCUCCAAGUUCCAGAGGCGCCGCGGUCACCCCGCGGGGCCCUGCCCAGACUUGCUGGAAGAUAUGAGUCUCGUGCCUAGUUAGUCUGUCCCCGUCACAGGAAGAGACGCCUUUGCUCCGGGUUGCAUUGCUUCUGGGCUGCCAGAAUUCCCCGCCGUAAAACUCGGUGGUGCGAACUUUGCCUCCUGCUACCGGGUUGCCGAGCCGAGACGAGCCGAGCCGAGCCGAGCCGGGCUGGGAAAGUUUCUGGACCUGUCAGCCGCGCGGCCCGUCGCCACCGAGAGCCGAGGUGCGGGCGCCUGCCGGGGGCCCCCGCCGGGUCGGAGGCCGGGGCCGUGGGGGAUGCGGCGCGGAGGCGCGGCUCGGUGGUGACGCGGCGGGCGGGGACCGGCGCCGGGGACCGGGCGCGCAGGGCUGCGGGGCCAGGGCGCCCCGGGGACCCGGCCAUGGAGGAGGACGCGGGAGCCGCCGGCGCGGCGCCCGAGCCCGAAGCCGACCCCGCGCCGGAGCCUGAGGCGGGCGCUGGUCUGUCCGAGGCGUUCUCCCGGCUCUGGACCGACGUGAUGGGCAUCCUGGACGGCUCCCUGGGAAACAUCGAUGACCUGGCGCAACAGUAUGCAGAUUAUUACAAUACGUGUUUCUCCGACGUGUGCGAGAGGAUGGAGGAGCUGCGGAAACGGCGGGUUUCCCAGGACCUGGAUGUGGAGAAACCCGAAGCCAGCCCAACGUCACUUCAGCUGCGGUCCCAGAUCGAAGAGUCACUGGGCUUCUGUAGCACCGUGUCAACACCAGAAGUGGAAAGAAAGAAUCCUCUUCAUAAGUCACACUCGGAAGACAGCUCUGUAGGAAAAGGAGAUUGGAAGAAGAAAAAUAAGUAUUUCUGGCAGAACUUCCGAAAGAAUCAGAAAGGAAUAAUGAGACAGACUUCAAAAGGAGAAGAUGUGGGUUAUGUUGCAAGCGAGAUAACAAUGAGUGAUGAGGAACGGAUUCAGCUGAUGAUGAUGGUCAAGGAAAAGAUGAUCACCAUUGAAGAAGCACUUGCUAGGCUCAAGGAGUAUGAGGCCCAGCACCGACAGUCAGCUGCCUUGGACCCCGCUGACUGGCCAGACGGUUCUUACCCGCCAUUCGAUGGUUCAUCAAACUGCAAUUCAAGAGAGCAGUCGGAUGAUGAGACUGAGGAGUCGGUGAAGUUUAAGAGGUUACACAAGCUGGUAAAUUCCACUCGCAGAGUGAGAAAGAAACUGAUCAGGGUGGAAGAAAUGAAAAAGCCCAGCACUGAAGGCGGGGAGGAACAGGUGCUUGAGAAUUCCCCGGUCCCGGAUGAAAGGUCUGCCCUGUACUCUGGAGUGCACAAGAAGCCGUUUUUCUUUGAUGCCUCUCCUGAGAAACCUCCAGAAGAUGAUUCAGACUCUCUCACCACUUCUCCAUCAUCCAGCAGCCUGGACACCUGGGGUGCCGGCCGGAAGUUGGUCAAAACCUUCAGCAAAGGAGAGAGCCGGGGCCUGAUCAAGCCCCCCAAGAAGAUGGGGACCUUCUUCUCCUACCCAGAAGACGACAAGGCCCAGAAGGUGUCCCGCUCCCUCACCGAGGGGGAGAUGAAGAAGGGUCUCGGGUCCCUGAGCCACGGGGUAAGUACUGAUGGCGUUUGCUUCUAUGACAGCCACCGUCGCCGGCACCACCUCCUGGUGUCCCUAGAGGCGGUUCAGAGCGUCCGGAAGCAGAUCCGCUUGAAGAAAACGGAUACUAAUUAUUCGUGUUCUAGAGCUUUCCUCUGCCAGCGUCCCUCUAGAAAAGGCAUCAACAGCACCACCUGCGACCUGCAGCUGCUCCGGCAGAAACCCAAAGGGGGCGGGGUCUGUGGCGGCCCCGGCAGGAGGGUGCGCGGGCGCCCCUCCGUCAGCGAGUUCAAUGUCACGUACGUGGUGGAACGCAGCCUGUACAGCCACCUGAACUUGACCCAGCUAGUGCGUCCUGCCUCAGACAGGACCCUGAGCAAGGCCGAGAAGCAGGACCUGAGACGGUGCUUGCUGGAGGAGGAGGAGGAGGCCAAGAGGAAGUGGGCCGCCACGGUGGACCGCUGUACCAAAGGGGUUCUCUUGAGAAUCCACCAGAAGUCCAGAACCUGCAGUUUUGGAGGAUUUGACUUGACAAAUCGUUCUCUGCACAUUGGCAGUAAUAAUUCUGACCCAUUGGGUAAAGAAGGAGAUUUUGUGUAUAAAGAAGUAAUCAAAUCACCUACCGCCUCCCGAAUCUCUCUUGGAAAAAAGGUGAAAUCAGUGAAAGAGACAAUGAGGAAGAGAAUGUCUAAAAAGUACAGCAGCUCUGUCUCUGAGCAGGAUUCAGGCCUUGAUGGAAUGCCGGGCUCCCCUCCAUCCUCUCAGCCUGACAGCGAACACGUGGACAAGCCCAAGCUCAAAGCCGGAGGUUCUGUGGAGAGUCUGCGGAGUUCUCUGAGCGGUCAAAGCUCAAUGAGUGGUCAAACAGUGAGCACCACCGAUUCCUCGACCAGCAACAGGGAGAGUGUUAAGUCGGAAGACGGUGAUGACGAGGAGCCCCCGUACCGGGGCCCGUUCUGUGGGCGCGCCAGGGUGCACACCGACUUCACGCCCAGCCCCUAUGACACAGACUCACUCAAGCUCAAGAAAGGAGACAUCAUUGAUAUAAUCAGCAAACCCCCCAUGGGCACCUGGAUGGGCCUGCUGAACAACAAGGUGGGCACAUUCAAAUUCAUCUACGUGGACGUGCUCAACGAGGAAGAGGAGAAGCCCAAGCGCCCCACCAGGAGGAGGAGGAAAGGAAGACCCCCCCAGCCCAAGUCAGUGGAGGAUCUCCUGGAUCGCAUCAACCUCAGAGAGCACAUGCCCACUUUCCUGUUCAAUGGAUAUGAAGAUUUGGACACCUUUAAGCUCCUGGAGGAGGAAGAUUUGGACGAGUUAAAUAUCAGGGACCCAGAGCACAGAGCUGUUCUCUUGACAGCCGUGGAGCUAUUACAGGAAUAUGACAGUAACAGUGACCAGUCCGGAUCCCAGGAGAAGCUGCUUGUUGACAGCCAGGGCUUGAGUGGGUGCUCUCCACGAGACUCAGGAUGCUAUGAAAGCAGUGAGAACCUGGAAAACGGCAAGUCUCGUAAAACCAGCCCCUCUGCCAAAUCAUCAGCCGAGUCUAGCUUGAAGUCUUUCAACAGGAAUCAGCUGGGCAACUACCCAACCUUGCCUCUAACGAAGCCAGUAGACGCGCUGAAGCCGGGAGGGGAGGGGAGGCUGGGCGGUGGUCUCACCCCUCACACCUCCAAACACUGUGAUCCCCCGUGUGUGACUGACUUGAAUAAAAACCGAAGGAGCCUCCCCGUUUCCAUCUGCCGGAGCUGUGAGACCCUGGAGGGCCCCCAGACCGUGGAGACUUGGCCCCGAUCCCACUCCCUGGACGACCUUCAAGGAGAGCCUGAAAAAGGUGUGCCUGGUGAGGUGACAGAACCUUCCCCUCAGAUUGUACCCGAAGUGCCACAAAAGACAGCGCCCUCCAUCACAAAGGUUCAAAGCCCCAAACUAGAUUCUGCUGUUGACAAUGCACUGCUACUGACCCAAAGCAAGAGAUUUUCUGAACCUCAGAAAAUGACUACUAAGAAACUGGAUGGCCCGAUGGCGGCCUUUUCCCAUGGCACAUCCCCUCCUCCGUGUUUACCCAAAACCUAUGACGCCCAACCGCCCGCUGUUAAACACGGUUUAACAAGGACGCCUCUCGAGGGUCACAGGAAAGGACUCGAUUUUGAAGGGACACAUCACCCCCCGGGCACCAAAGAAGGCGUGGAUGCUGGGCAGAGGGGCCCCGAUGCCAGAACGCAGGCCAAACCUCCCGCCCAGCCUCCCCCCGUCCCCGCCAAGAAGAGCAGGGAGCGCCUCGCCAACGGGCUGCAUCCUGUCCCUCCCGGUCCCCCCGGCGCCCCUGGCCCCGAUGCACCCAGCCUGCCCCUUAAAAAGGGCAGCCCCGGCGGCCCCAGCGACUGUCCACUGCCAGUGGCCAGGCCUCCCGCAGGGCCGGAGCCGGGCAGCCCGCCGAGCGCCAGGCCUCCACCCUGGCUGUCGGAGCUGCCUGAGAGCACCAGCCUCCAGGAGCACGGCGUGCGGCUUGGCCCUGCCCUGGCCAGGAAGGUCUCCUGCACCCGCGGGGUGGACCUGGAGAUGCUCACCGAGAAGAAGCUGCGGGCCGAAGGCAUCGAUCUCACCGAGGAGCCCUAUUCCGAUAAGCACGGCCGCUGUGGGAUUCCUGAGGCCCUGGUACAGAGAUAUGCGGAAGACUUAGAUCAGCCCGAGAGGGACGUUGCCACCAACAUGGACCAGAUCCGCGUGAAGCUGCUUCGGAAGCAGCACCGCAUGGCGAUCCCAAGCGGUGGACUCACAGAAAUCUGUAGGAAGCCCCUGUCUCCCGGAUGCGUUUCAUCCGUGUCGGAUUGGCUGGUUUCCAUCGGUCUGCCCAUGUACGCCAGUGCCCUCACUGAAGCGGGCUUCAGCACGCUGGGCCAAGUGCCUUCUCUGUCCCACACUUGCCUUCAGGAGGCCGGCAUCACAGAGGAGAGACACAUAAGCAAGCUCGUGUCCGCAGCCAGACUCUUCAAACUGCCACCAGGCCCCGAGGCCAUGUAGUCGGGCCCGAAAUGGACCUCCCUGGACAAGAGCCACCCGUUCACUGUGUUUAUGAUGCUGAUGCAAUUCCUCCUUGGCUGGACGUGCAGACCAGACCCAGAAGAAAGGCCCAGUGUGUGGCCUGCAGAACUCGGAAUCUUGGCACGGGACCCUCUUCUCCAGAAAAGCCCCCUCCAGGAAAUUGGUGUGGUUCUCUUUGACCCCCAAAGAAAAGACAAGCACUUAUUUUUGUUUUCAGGACACAAUAGAACAAAGAUGCCAACUUGCCACAAAUGCUCUGCCUGCAGUCUGUCUUGGUGCACUGGGGGAGGGCAGGGGGCAGGGGGGGGGCAGCUUGUCCUGUUGCUAAGCGUGCUUCUAGCCCUUCUGUCUGUCACCCUGCAGGGUUCCCGAGGCCCAGAUGGGCUUUAGCCAGGCCAAAGUAACAGACUCGGGAGUGAUUGUACACUAUUGACCAGGCUCAUUUGUUCAAAAAUAAGAAAAUCUGGCUGCACUAGGAAAAAAAGAAAGCCCUAUUCUCCUUUAGAUAAACAAGAGACAUUUUAAUAAUUGCUUUCUAGCAAUCAGCUUUUAUUUGCCUUAAUGUAAGCUUUUAAGCAGUUAUCUAACUUAGUGUUCACUACCAUGUAACCAUAGUUCCAAAUCUUCAUCUUAGACUGCCAUCUAACGUAUCUGGGAUGUUUCCAGCAGAAAUGGGCUUUUCUAAUUGUCUCACUCUAACAUGGCUUAUUUUAUAGGGGUGUUUAUCAGGCCAAAUUUCAUGUUGACUUUCAGUUUUUAAACUAACUACAAAUCUGGUAAAAAGCACUCUUAAAUUCACAAAGAUAUCACGUGUGAGAGUAUAUGUGUGUGUUUGAGGUUACGAUCUUUCAUUUUAAUCAGUUUAGUGCUGUUACCACGUUGGUCGUCGUGCUGCAGUAUUGACUUGGAAUCUUGACCGUGUCCAUUCCAAAAUUCAGUCAUUAGCUAACAGAUCACCUUUGCAAAAGGUCAUUGUAAGUUGAAUAUUUAAGGAGGUUGUUUUUUAAAAGGGAAGUAGUUUAUAAGAUAUUUUAAAAGUUUUUUUUUUUGGGUUUAUAAUUAAAAUACUAUUUUCCAUCUUUUCUUAUUUAGAUAAUUCACUUAAAUAUAAUAAAGGUUCAUUUUGGAGCCAAACUACAUUGGCCAUGUAUUAAGUAGUUGCAUAUUUUCAGUUGUUUUCUGACUGAUUUCAGCAUUCUCUUUUAGUCUAGUGGCUGAUUCUCUAGCAAACAGAAAUUAUUGUUUCCAGUUGCUUACAAAGUGAUUUUCCUUUACAUUCUUAUCAUGAACCCUAUUUUAAGCACUGGGUGUGAUCAUUUACGAUAGAAAUGUUUUUAGCCUUGAUUUAAAAGUUCUGUAAUAUUUCAUCUACUCAUUAAAACAAAUGAUAUCCCUCAGGGGAGGGGGAACAAAAGGUGAUUUCAUUAAUUACAAAACCAUGUUACCAUUUGCUUUAUAUAUCUGGAUCCAUGUUUCGGAGGAAAAGGACGUUCUCAGGUGACGUAUUUUUUUUUCAUGCUUUUGGUAUACAUUUGAAAGAAUAAUAUAUAUUUCUUCAAUAAUAGUCACCUUCUAUAAGAUGCCAUGUAAGAAGUUGUGGAAAUGUAGAAAAAAAGCUAAAGCUGCCAAAUUUCUGUUGAACUCUUCAAAACAGCCCAUUUUUGUCAUCUGGAGUAUGACAUUCCUGUGGGCUGUGACAUUCCAUUUAGAAGGUAACGAGGCUGCAGGGCUCUCCUAUGUCACUGGAAGGAAUUUCAAGUGUGUGGUGAGGUGGGCGCUGUAAAAGGGGCUCCUCACCCUGCAUUUUCAGUACCUCAGCAUGACAUCUGAGAGAGCCUGCUCAUAGCUUAAGCUGAGCUAAAAGACCACACAUAAAGUCAGGUAAUAGGUAACAAAGGAGAAGGGGAAACUGUACAUGAAUUUCCAGGUGUUAGUUCAUUUUCACGGUAAGAUUUUUCACUUAAUGUAAAAGUGGUGCCAGAAAAGGGAGCUUUCUGAAUAUGAGUUUUUGAGAAUGCCAAACUGUAUCUUUUUCAUUCUUCUUUGGAAAUCAUUGCCUUUGCAUGGAAGUGAAAUUCAGGGACCAUGAAUCAUUUUCAGUGGGAAGGGCUUCCUAGUCUGUGGGAUCUGAGGUUAUUUUUACUUUAUUGUGCUUUUUAACAAAAUUUGUUUUUGUUUUUUUACUUUUAGUAUUUGUUUGGUCUUCUUUUGCUUUAAACUUUUAAUUUGAUCUUAGAAAAGCCUGAAUGUUUGUGUGUGAUGUUUGACCGAGGUGGUUUGGGGCCUCCUGUGGAUGCCAGAAGGCAGGUGGUCAGCUUCAGCAAUAUCCAGUUUUAAUCCAUUGCACUUGGUGCAGAAUGUUGAGGAAGGGUGAAAAUUGUCGUCUUUGGAAAGCACAAAAGAAACCUGGAGAGGCAGUUUGGCUCAGGUAGCUACACAUCCACUGUGUGUCAUUUUUUCCUUUGAAGCUGUCUACAAGGAAGUGCAGCCAGUCCCAGCCACUACGUACAUUCCCAGAUAACCAAGAAGUAGAUUUUCCUGGCCUUGCCUUAGUCAGAGGCCUUUUCUCUUUCCAGGUAAAGGUGAAAUUGGAAAUAACUAGUCGACUGAAAAUCAGUUCCUGACAGAGCAAAGUUUGCUUUCAUAAUUGCAGCAAAAGAAGUCAAUUCACCAAGUCAAUGCUGCAUGUGUGUACUGUAUUAUUUUCAGAAAAAAAAAAAUAUAAUAGUUUGAGUCCAAGUUAUCUCGAUUUUAAAUUGAUAAACAAGAAACUGUCAAGCAAAAUUAUAUAACAACUAACAACAUUGCACUUUCUGUAUAUGAAAUCAAUAUUUAAAUAACUUAUUUUUCUCCAUUGCUGUUCUUAAACAUUGUAAGUAGCUGUAAUAUACCAGUACCAAUAUGUUCUUGCGAUUGCUUCAGCCCAAGAAAGCUGUGUAUUGUUUUAAAAAUUGUAAAAAUUAUUGUGAUGAUUCAUUUAGCAAAAAGAGGUGGACAGAAGGGUUUUCCUAUGUAUCAAAACUUGUCUAUAAUUAUGUCAUCUAUGUACCUAGAAAAAAAAAGUAAAUAAAUUUCUUCAGUUGAA